ACCAACCAACUUUUUAUCAAGUCUAUCAUCAAAGAUGGCUCGUACCAAGCAGACUGCCCGUAAGUCCACUGGUGGCAAGGCUCCCCGCAAGCAGCUCGCUUCCAAGGCUGCCCGCAAGGCCGCCCCCUCCACCGGAGGUGUCAAGAAGCCUCACCGCUACAAGCCCGGUACCGUCGCUCUCCGUGAGAUCCGUCGCUACCAGAAGUCCACUGAGCUUCUGAUCCGCAAGCUCCCCUUCCAGCGUCUGGUUCGUGAGAUCGCCCAGGACUUCAAGUCCGAUCUCCGCUUCCAGUCCUCCGCCAUCGGUGCUCUCCAGGAGUCCGUUGAGGCUUACCUCGUCUCCCUCUUCGAGGACACCAACCUGUGCGCCAUCCACGCCAAGCGUGUCACCAUCCAGUCCAAGGACAUCCAGCUUGCCCGUCGUCUCCGUGGCGAGCGCUCGUAAUUUGUUUCUUU